UUGGGAGAAAAACAGAUGUUGCCUGCACCACUCUGUACAUCUGAGAGUUUGUACUCACUCCAGGGUUGCCUUUUCUCGCCUGCAGCGCUGGGUUGCUGAUAUCUGGUGCUGCAGCAAAGCCCGUUCUUGCCUUUCUGUGGCUCUGGGCAGCCUCAGCUACAGCUUCCUCAUCAUUCCUCUUCCUCUGCGGAUCUCGGGGGGGUGUCCUAGCCUUCCUUCUGUCCCGUUUCUCCAGAGGUAUCAUGGCUGCUUGUGGCUGUACCACUGAAAUAGUUGUCCUGAAGUCACUGCAAUUUCCUCCUGAAGGCAACCUGAACAUGUAUAUGAGAGCAGGCUGGAAAAGACUGAGGAAGUUAAAUGUGAUGGGCUUGUGUGCAUUUAGCAUUGGUGUGCGUGCAGGGAAUCUGAGGGAUUGUCAAAAUCUUGCAGGUCAAGGUGGGCUGUGAAGCCCCAGCAAGAAGGUUUGAAGUCUUCAUGUCGUGAUUACGGUGUAAUAGCGGAGGAGCUUGGUCUUAGCUGGAGCCUCGGAGAUGGUUGGAAGAGCCUUACUGUAGAACAGCAGAUGGUGAGCUUCACUAUGAAAUGCUGGCCUCCAAAGCGUGGCAUGAAACCCAUCAUGGGAAGAAGGGAAAGCAAAGUGGCAGCUUUCGGACGCGGAGGUGUUUGGGUGUUUUGUGUCAGCGUGCAGGCUCGUGGGAAUGGCUUAUUGUCAUGGUUUAAACCCAGCUGGCAACUAAGCACCACACAGCUGCUCGCUCACUCCCCGCCGGUGGGAUGGGGGAAGAGAAUUGGAAGGGUAAAAGUGAGAAAACUCAUGGGCUGAGAAGGAAACAGUUUAACAGGUAAAACAAAAGCUGCGCGCGCAAGCAAAGCAAAACAAGGGAUUCAUUCACCACUUUCCAUGUCCAGGAAAGCAGGGCUCCAUCACGCCUAAUGGUUACUUGGGAAGACAAACGCCAUCACUCUGAACGUCCCCCCCUUCCUUCCCCCAGCUGAGCAUGACAUCAUAUGGUCUGGAAUGUCCCUUUGGUCAGUUGGGGUCAGCUGUCCCGGCUGUGUCCCCUCCCAACUCCUUGUGCAGCCCCAUCCUGCUCGCUGGUGGGGUGGGUUGAGAAGCAGAAAAGGUCUUGACUCUGGGUAAGCACUGCUCAGCAGUAACUAAAACAUAUCAACACUGAUUUCAGCACAAAUCCAAAACAUAGCCCCAUACUAGCUACUAUGAAGAGAAUUAACUCUACCGCAGCCAAAACCAGCAUGCUUACACAAGAACACAGAGGGCAUGAACCAAAAUGAAAUUCCCCAUUGCAAAGGGGAGGGAAAAAUAACCUGAAACACAAAUCAUGUUGCCAGUGAAGCACUGUUACUAGCAUUCAGGAAAGAGGUCUCUGAGGCAGAAAAGAACAUCUCUGAGCUAAGGCUCCUGUUCAGAGGGGAGACAAUUUUGGCAAGAACAGAAAACAGGCUGUGUCUCAGACUUGGCUCAGCUCCUGCUUUGAAGAGGCUGUGUCAUUUCACCCCCGAAAAAGGACUCGGGGAAAAACCAACAGCCACAGAGUAUGGAAGAGCUUCUGUGUAAGAACUGUUUCCCUAGGUUAGGACUCUUCUCCCUGAGGAAGAGAGAUCUGAGGAGCUCCUGCAGAAGGACUAGCCAGGAACAGUUGCUCCCUGUUCUCUACAGUGCAAGAAGAUGUCAGGUGGGAGCCUUAAAGCAAGGUAUUUAUAUUCCCCACCUGGCACGGUAAAUAGCUGCACGGGGACUACAGGGAACAACAGCCAGGCACCCUUCCUUGCUAGGCGUACCUCCUGCUGUGAGUGUGGCAGGCAGGAGGGCCCCUGCAGGCAGUCUGAGGUGCUUAUAAAUGGACUUGGGAAGGAUUAAAUUAACGGGGAAAUAGUCUGUGUGUUUGCUACCUCUGCACAGAAAUGCCAUCUCUGGCUCUCUGUUGCCAGAGAAGUUGCAGAAGUUGCCCCCGUGACCACCAGUGUGUCCACCAGCAGGUUGACCAGGGCAGAAGACAGCAGAGGGGAUGCUGCAGCACCAGGGAGCCUUGGUGCAGGCUUGGCUACGAGAGGAAGGCAACAACAAAGGUUUUGUUACCAUGGUUUCCAAAAGGAAAUUGUCAAAAGUUGAUGCUUCUGGAGAGAGCUGCAAGACAGACUUGCCGAGUAGGUGCUCAGAAACAAAGAAGUCGCGGAUUUCUGAUACAGAAAAGGCCUCUGCCCAUGGUGGAGUGGAGAAUGAGGGAGUCUUUGAAGAGCUCCUUAGAACAUCAGGAAUUAUACUGAAAGCUGGGGAGGGACAGAAUGAAAUAGCUGUAGAUCAAAUGGCUUUCCAGAAGAAGCUUUGCCUCGCCCUGGAGAAGCACCCUACUUACCCAGGUGUUGUGAAGCAAUUUAUCAGCGGCUUGGAAUCUCAUAUCAAGGACAGAAACCAAUUCAAGAACUGUCUCUUGCCGUGUACUCCCAUACGGACUGAGGGGUCGAGGACUCUGGUGCACUCGUAUUGUGAAAGCCUCAUUAAACUGCUUCUUGGAAUUAAGAUCUUACAGCCUGCUGUCAUAACACUGUUGUUGGAAAAGAUCCCCGAAUUCUUUUUUGACAUCGUGGGCACCUUUGGAACAAAUUUUCCCCGGCUCAUCGUCAAUCAAUUUAAAUGGCUUGACAGGCUUCUUGACAGCCAGGAUCUUGUCAAGAAGUUAAUGCAGAUGGUUAAUGUUUCUCCUGUACCAAUCCAGCAUGAUAUUAUCACCAGUUUACCUGAGAUCCUGGAGGAUUCCCAGCAAAGUGAGGUUGCCAGAGAGCUCAGCUGCUUACUAAAACAGGGCAGACGGCUAACAGUUCCAAUCCUGGAUGCCCUUUCUCGUCUGGAUCUUGAUGCAGGCCUUCUGGCUGAGGUGCGGCAGUCUGCCAUGACCAUUGUGCCUUCUGUAAAACUGGAAGAUUUGCCUGUAGUAGUAAAAUUCAUCCUCCAUAAUGUCAAGGCAGCAGAUGCAGUAGAGGUGAUUUCUGAUCUUCGUAAGAGCUUGGAUCUGUCAUCAUGUGUUCUGCCCCUGCAGAUCCUAGGUUCCCAGAAGAAGCUUAAAAGCCAAGUCCAGGCCAGUUCUUCCAUGAGUCAAGUAACCACCAGCCAGAAUUGUGUGAAGCUACUUUUUGAUGUGAUCAAGUUAGCUGUGAGAUUUCAGAAAGAUGUCUCUGAAGCAUGGAUUAAGGCUAUUGAGAACACCACAUCUGUAUCUGACCAUAAGGUUCUGGAUCUGAUAGCUUUGCUGCUAAUCCAUUCUACAAACACCAAGAACAGGAAGCAAACGGAGAAAGUAUUGAGGAGCAAAAUUCGACUGGGCUGCAUGCCAGAACAGCUGAUGCAGAAUGCCUUCCAAAAUCAUUCAAUGGUUAUCAAAGACUUUUUCCCUUCAAUCCUAGCACUUGCUCAGACAUUUCUGCACUCUGCACACCCAGCCAUAGUCUCCUUUGGCAGCUGCAUGUACAAACAAGCUUUUGCAGCCUUUGACUCUUACUGCCAGCAGGAAGUUGUGACUGCUUUGGUGACUCAUGUAUGCAGUGGAAAUGAGACAGAAUUGGACAUUUCUCUGGAUGUGCUUACUGAUUUGGUGAUGCUGCACACAUCCCUACUGAUGCGCUAUGCCACCUUCGUGAAGACCGUUUUAGACUCUACACAGAAACUGAAUCCAUGCCAGAUCCGGAAGCUUUUCUACAUUCUCAGCACACUAGCAUUCAGCCAAAGGCAAGAAGGAAGCUAUAUUCAGGAUGAUAUGCACAUGGUGAUCAGAAAAUGGCUCUCCAGCACAGUUCCCAACCACAAACAAAUGGGGAUUAUUGGUGCGGUUACGAUGAUAGGCAGCGUGGCAUUAAAAAGAAAUGAAGGAGAUGGUAGUUCAUUGGAGAGACCAGAGCUUAACAGCGAGCGUGAUGGGCAGCUUUCUACCUUGCUGGACCUCGUGGGCUUCUGCUGUGAGCAAACACCAGAGGUCUUGGCUCUGUACUAUGAUGAACUUGCCAGUUUGAUUGAGAAGCAGAAGGGGAAUUUGGACUUGCAGCUACUGGACGAGUUUGGGAGGAGUUUGGUGGAGGACUUUCCCAGUGACUUUGUGGUGGAUCUCAACCCCACAGUGGAUGGUUCGUUCUUGUUCCCAGUGAAGUCCUUGUAUAAUCUGGAUGAAGAUGAAAGUCAGGGAGCAAUUGCUAUUAACCUCUUACCGUUGGUGUCGCAGAGCGAGCUUGGCAGGGUCACUGAUGGAAUGAGUAACCAAAGUAAAAGGGUAGUGUCACCGAUAUGUCUGUCACCCUGUUUCCGAUUGCUGAGGCUCUACACUGGGGAGCAAAACAGUGGAAGCCUGGAGGAGAUUGAUGCCUUAUUAGGUUGCCCCCUGUACCUGACUGACCUGGAGGUUGAAGGGAAGCUGGACUCUUUAUCCAAGCAGGAACGGGAAUUUCUGUGCUCACUCCUGUUCUAUGCUCUCAACUGGUUUCGUGAGGUUAUAAAUGCCUUCUGCCAGCAACAGGAUGCUGAGAUGAAGGGGAAAGUUUUGACUCGAUUAGAGAACAUCACAGAGCUGCAGACUGUGCUGGGAAAAUGCUUGGCAGCAACCCCUGGCUAUGUCCCACCACCAGCUACUUUUGAUUCUGAAGUUCUGGAGGCUGUGCCGUCCAUUAAUGCUGGUGGUCCAGUGAGAAAAAGGAAUGGAAGGAAAAAAAAGACUGAUGGCAGCAAAGCCAGCUCUGCAGAUCGUUCUCAAGCAGAUGACAGUUCUGAGGGAAACCAGCCUGAUACUGAGCUCUCUGAGCUGGAGAAGACUGCUGCUGAGAGAGAGGCAGGAAAUCCUCUGGCGCAGCUGCAGAGCUAUCGCCCAUACUUCAGAGAGUUAGACCUCGAAGUGUUCACUAUACUCCACUGUGGGCUGCUGACAAAGUCUGUCUUGGACACAGAGAUGCAUACGGAGGCUCGUGAAGUUGUGCAGCUGGGGCCUGCUGAACUUUGCUUUCUUCUGGAUGACCUGUGCUGGAAGCUGGAACACGUGCUGACCCCAGGCUCCACAAGGAGAGUGCCCUUUCCAAAGGAAAGAGGCUACAAGGAUAUUGGCUUUUCCCACCUGUGUCAGAGAUCUCCCAAGGAAGUUGCUAUGUGUGUAGUCAAGCUACUAAAGCCACUGUGUAGUCACAUGGAGAACAUGCAUAACUACUUCCAGGCAGUUGUUAUGCAAAAUCGGGGUGUGGAAGAUGAUCCAGGAACAAACAUCCAGGAGCACCAGCUGAUGUCCUCUUGUUACCAACAGCUGUUACUAACUUUUCGCUCCCUGUUUGCUUGGAAUGGUUUUUCUCAGCGUGAAAAUACUGACUUGCUAAGGUCAGCUCUCCAGGUGCUUGCAGACAGGCUAAAGCCAGGAGAGACCGAGUUUCUUCUUCUUGAGGAGCUGAUAAGUGAGAGUUUUCAAUACCUACUGAAUUUCCAGCAGAGUGUUCCCAGUUUCCACUGUGCAUUCAUCCUCACUCAGCUCCUGAUCGCCAUUGCUGAGAAACCAAUGGCUGGCUGGAAGAAAGAGAAAAUGGCUUCACUAGCAAAGCAGUUCCUCUGCCAGUCAUGGGUGAAGCCCGGUGGAGACCGAGAAAAGGGCAGCCAGUUCAACAGUGCGCUGCACACUCUGCUCUGUGUCUACCUGGAGCACACAGAUAACAUCUUGAAAGCUAUAGAAGAAAUCUCCAGUGUUGGUGUUCCUGAACUGAUCAACUCUGCCAAAGAUGGAUGUUCUUCUACUUAUCCUACACUAAGCAGGCAGACAUUCCCAGUUUUCUUCAGAGUAAUGAUGGCUCAGCUAGAGAGUUCAGUGAAAAGCAUCCCAGCUGGGAAACCAUCAGACUCAAGUGAGGUGCAACUGGAGAAGCUGCUGAGGUGGAACAUUGCUGUGCGGAAUUUCCAUAUCCUUGUUAACUUGGUCAAGGUAUUUGACAGCAGGCCUGUACUCGGCAUCUGCCUGAAGUACGGCCGUCUCUUUGUAGAAGCAUUUCUGAAGCUUGCCAUGCCUCUCCUGGACUACAGCUUUAAAAAGCACAGGGAUGAUGUGCAGAGUUUGCUGAAAACCUUGCAGCUGAGUACCAGACAACUUCAUCACAUGUGUGGCCAUUCCAAGAUUCACCAAGACAUUGGACUGACCAACCAUGUGCCUUUGUUGAAGAAGUCACUGGAACAAUUUGUAUACCGAGUGAAGGCAAUGCUGGCAUUCAACCACUGCCAGGAGGCGUUCUGGGUGGGCAUCCUUAAAAAUCGCGAUCUUCAGGGAGAAGAAAUUCCGUCUCAAGCCUCUGAAGAGAGGGACUCCGGUGAGGAGGACUCCGCAGAAAGCCCUGCUGAGGAGCCGAGCGGGAGCGACAGCAACGCCAGCGACGAGGAGGGCGCGGCCGGGCCGGGCCCCUCUCCCGCGGAGCCCUGAGGCGGCGGCGGCGGCGGCGGGUGGGGCCGGGGGCGGCUCCG